CAACAAUUGGCCAUUAGACAACAACGUUGCAGUCAAGAAUACUAUCUACUAUAGUACUACCGCUACCAACUAACGCGUAGAAUAUUAUCGGAGUUCGGAUCAGGUUGCAUGAGAGGAUAGCAUCUACCGUACUUAAUAAGCCGCAACUCAUAAUAGUAAAGUUUGAGAUGAUCCUUUAAGAUCUUCAAGUAGCUGGACACGUAAUUUUUCAAGCGGCACAUUGAUUGCCUACAUACAUGUAUAACGUGCAGCACCUCAGCAUCGACCCACCGCGAAUCAAAAAGCAUCUCCACUCGCAUGUGGCUUCAGUACUUGCGUGUCAGGGACUCUACGACAGCGCGGCUAAAUCACAAUGGCUUCGGGAUGCGUAUUUGAUCGGCUCGGGCUAGAGAUAUUGGAUCCAGAAGAAGAAACUUUCUUACUAUUCUCUCAGCACAUCCCCUCUCAAAAUCUGGGAUUCGUGGACCCGAAAUCAACCACGUUGGACAUCAACGUUGCUGGCAAAGACUACGUAAUUCACCAAUCCCCAACCAUCUUGAACCGUCCGGGAAGCACCACUGGUGCCGUUGUGUGGAAAAUCACACCUCUAGUGGCUGAUUGGUUGGCCCGUUCCGACAAUCUUCUCUGGACAUCUGGCAUCCUAUCACCCUCUUCCAACGUCCUGGAACUGGGUUGCGGAAUAUCCGGCCUGGUGGGAUUGGUCCUUGCACCAUUACUUUCAAGAUAUACCCUGACAGAUCAGUCCUAUGUCGCAAGACUUGUAGAAAAGAACAUUGAUGAAAACAGCCAUCUACAAACCUCUAGCAAACCGAGCACGACCUCUCAUAAACGCAAAGGGAGGCCGACGGUGGUUCAAUCUAAAACCGAGUUACGGUUCCUGGCUCUCGACUGGGAACUAGAUGAGGUUACGUCGUCACUCACCGGAGACGAUAAAGCCAAAAGCUUCGACGUUGUCAUUGCUUGCGAUUGUAUCUAUAACGAUACUCUAAUUCAACCUCUAGUGCAAACUUGCGCUGACGUAUGCGGAUUGAGAUCAGCAGAUGAAAACGCCACCGAUAAGCCAGCUGUCUGUUUAGUCGCGCAACAACUCAGGGAUCCGGAGAUAUUCGAAGGCUGGAUCAAGGAGUUCAGUAGAUAUUUCCGGGUGUGGCGCGUACCUGAUAACGCCUUGACUGAGGAACUGCGAUCUAAUCCCGGCUUCGUGGUUCAUCUAGGUAUAUUGCGGGAUGCAGCAGAGAUACGCAAUCCAUCGUAAUCCGCGACGUAAUGCUCAUUCCUCAUUCAACUAGAAUCAUCCCUUCGUAUAUGCGUGCCUCGUUCGACUUUCUUCGGAGUCCAAAUAAGGACUAAGCUAGCAUCUAUUCAAGCCGAAGGAUCCUACCGUACCUCAGUACCGGCCCGGAAUAUUCCUGCGUUAUGUGCCGUACAACUUGGUAAUUCGCCAAAUCUGGGCAUCGCAAUGUAUCGUACAGCAAUUAAGAACGCGGUUUUACGUGGAGGCUCAAGUAACGAAAUGUCUGAGAUCAGUAAGAGUAGAAACUCUUACGACGACGUACAUCCAUCUAGGAGUAAACAAACGUAAACCAAACUUGCAAAUUUGCGAUUCUAAUUGCUUGAAUGUAACCGGUAACAAACUCGGGGGUAAAGAGCAUGAGACUACCGGU